AUGCAAUGAGGCGUUCAAUGACCACGAUUUUUGUCAGUAUCGCGGAGUGGCGAGGACGCAGGGAUCUUGAAAAUGCCGAAUUAGUGACAAAGUGGCUUUGAUUUUGUUAUGACAUUUAUCUACCAGAACUGCCUUCCAGACGAGGACGUCACAUACUCCAGCCACUGAUUUAGUUCAUUGAUUUAGUUUUCGAAGUAUUACCUGUGUUUAAGUUAUUUUUUAAUGAUAUUGCCAUAGCCUACAGAGUUUGUUGUCGUUUUCUGUGCUAUAUAGCCUCUUAUUUGCUGAUUCAGCUUGGCAUUGCUGAAGUGAUUACGUUUCCAGCUGGUUUUUCCUCAGUGGAAAUGGAUGAAAGUGGUUGUCUUCCCACGAACAGAAACGAACUGUGUUUAUUUGAUGUGGACGGCACACUAACUCCUCCCAGAGAGAAGAUCGACCCACAGCUGGACUCGUUUCUGCAGUCCCUGCGCAAGAAGGUGAAGAUCGGAGUGGUGGGGGGCUCCGACUAUUCCAAGAUUGCAGAACAGCUGGGCGAGGGUGAUGAAGUCAUUCACAAGUUUGACUAUGUGUUUGCGGAGAAUGGCACGGUCCAGUACAAGGACGGGAAACUCAUCUCCAAACAGGCCAUUCAGAAUCAGCUGGGGGAGGAGUUACUACAGGACCUUAUCAACUUCUGCCUCAGGUACAUGGGCCUCAUCAAACUGCCCAAAAAGAGGGGCACGUUUAUUGAAUUCCGUAACGGCACGCUCAACAUCUCCCCCAUUGGCCGCAGCUGUACGCACGAGGAGCGAAUCGAAUUCUCCGAAAUCGACAAGAGGGAGAAGAUCCGGGAGAAGUUUGUGGAGGCCCUGCGCCAGGAGUUUGCAGGGAAGGGUCUCUGUUUCACCCGAGGCGGUCUAAUCAGUUUUGACGUGUUUCCCGAAGGAUGGGACAAGAGGCUGUGUCUGGACGUGCUGGAGGAAGAGGGACUGAGCAGAAUCUACUUUUUUGGCAACGAGACGUCGUAUGGAGGAAAUGACUACGAGAUCUUCAAUGACCCUCGGACCAUCGGCUUCACAGUGUACUCUCCCGAAGAUACGGCCAGACUCUGCAGAGAACUUUUCUUCAGUGCUCCUCCUAACGAGUGUUGAUGUCACACAUGGCACCCACACUCCACACACCCCUCAUGCUCCCCCUGGUGUUCAGGACGGUAAUUGCACAGAGCAGUGUGCAAGGGGGUGGGACCUACACCAAUCAUGUAUAUAUAAGUAAAAUCACUACUGAUUUACUAUUUUAGUGUUAAUUAUAAUUUUACUAAUAAUAGUAAUUAGCGUUGGAAUUUUAAAGGGAGCAACAGUGAUUUGCAUCUGUUGACCUGGACAUGAAAAAAAAAAAACACUCGUUAUUGCCAUGGACAAAAUGGCAGCAUCUGUUAUUUACCAGCAGAUCCAGAGAACCUUCUUUAAAGGGAUACCUUUAUCAAUGUGGAGGUUUGUUUUUGGGUUUUUUCUUUCUAAUGGUUUUACUACAGUUUAAAAAUUACCUACAAUUUCAUAUGAAAAACUGUUAUGUAGCGAUAUUAAUUUUGUAGGGUGAUUUUUUUAAAAUAUAAUUUGGCACUGCUAAAUGCCCUGCAUGUGCACCUUUCUGGUUAUUCUGUGGAAAUGACCAUAGUGUGCUGUAAGCAAGCCCUUCUUGUGAGUGUUUUGUAAGUUGUAUAUUUACGUGAGUACCCUGUAUUGUUUUGCACUCCAGUUGUCAAAUGAAUCUGACAAACUGUUGUAGAUGGCCAAAGUUUACAUUUUGAUUGUAGUGAGCCAACAACUUGUACUUUAAUACUGAACAAUGAUUUGAAUUGUGAAAAACAAUGAGCAGGCAUUGAUCGAGAACUGUCUGCAUGUAAUGGUGCUUUUGCUUUAAACGUGAUGUAUAAGGUUAUGGUACUAGAAUGGUAAUGUAUGUCCUUGACUCAUUCUGUUGGAAUCAUUCCACUCCAUUUCAAGCUUUCACAUUCAUAAUUGCACACUAAUAUAACAGCCUGCUUGGAUGUGACAUCUGAAAUCUGUUAAGAGACAGACAGUGUUUUCUAUAAGCUUAAUCAGUGAAGAUUACAUCAAGGUAUUGGAAGAAAACCAGUCACUAAGUGACAAGUUUCCAUCCUUGUUGAAAGUGAUGUUGGUUUUUCAAAUGCUUAAGUAUUAAAUCCAUCUUGCACUUUGGAAGACUUGGACAGUCCUGCGUUCACAGUCCCUGGAGUUUUGGAGAUGUCUUUCCACCAGCGUCGGACUGAUAUUUUAAUCAACGGGUGAUUCAGGUUCCUGCCCAGUAAGUGUAAUUAAGACCUGAAUUUAAAUGAAAACCAGUAACCAACUGAUCCCCAGUGGAUACCACCUUGCUCCUGCUUUCCUGUCUUUAGAUCAAAGUUUCCCUAGUCCUGGUAUUGAAGGAUUCUGGUCUGGCAGGAUUGAUUUCCUGCUCUUUUAAAUGACCGACACUCUCAGAACAGAGAGGACUGGUCCCAUGGUUUUGAAAAAUGCAAUGAUUGGCUAAAUCAAGUGCUGAAACGGUGUGAUUAUGAAAGAAUGGACUGUGACACUCCAGGAAUACAGUUGGACACUGGUCAGGAAUGGACACUCCUUGUGUAGAGUGAGGCCCUCGAUUCACCGUAAAAAUCAACACUCCCCUUGCCCUAAACAGCUCUAUGAAGAGAAUGCCCAGGAACCAAUCAGUAUAAUAAAUAAAAUGUUUAAAUCAAGUCAUGCAGUAAAUGUUCAUUGUUGAACAUGAGGUCUGUGACAAAUGUGUUUGUUUUUUUAAAUAAAAUGAUGUGUA